UAUUACAAUUCACACGUAAGGUUUCGAUAAUGGGAUUGUAUUGAUAAAAAUUGAUUUUGUGUUAGUUCUAUUUAAAAGUGAGUACAAAACAGUUGCUACAAUGUGGCUUGACCAAGCGGACGGUUUUGCAGAAAUAUUUAAAGGAUACAUACCAUAUUAUUUGCUAGUUGUUUUUCCAAUUUUUAUUAUAAUUUCGCCCGCCAACCCAGUUGCCGCUUCACAUGAAUUUUCUGUGUAUAGAAUGCAACAAUAUGAUCUACACACCGUACCCCAUGGAUGCCGAAGUGCAAGCUUCAAUCUUGAAGGCCGAUCUCUGACCUCAUGGAGCAUGUCCCGUCACUGCGUUGUUGCCCGUAUCCAGGAUAUUACAAUUGACCAGUUUGUCGAAAUCCGCAACAAGGCCGGAGCUCUAUUACUAGUGUUGCCAAAGAAUGAUACAAUACUUACAGAUGAGCAGAAAGAGCAUAUUAAACUAUUGGAAAUGGUGAUGAUGCAGCAAGAAAUUAGUAUUCCUGUGUACUUUGCUGAGUGGACUCUAGACUUUGAGGAUAUCAUCAAAGAUUUACAGCACAGCUUCAUCACUGAUGAUAAAUCGGGAACAGCUCUUGAAGCCAUGUUUAAUACAGUUUCGUCUAAUGGCUAUCAGAUUGUGGUAUCAGCACCAAAUCCUCAUAAAAUUGACUCUAAGCCUGUGACUAUUCACGGAAAGCUGGUUGGCAGAUCGAGCACACCUCAGACUAUUGUAAUUGCUGCUCAUUACGAAUCUUCAAGUAUCAUACCGGAACUUUCAAACGGUGCUGACUCGAAUGCAUCUGGUGCAGUCGCAGUAUUGGAACUGGCUCGUAUCUUUUCACGGCUCUACUCAUCCGUUGCUGUCCGAGGUGGACCGUCUCUAGUCUUCGUUCUUAUGUCAACCGGUCAUUCGUUGAACUACUUUGCUACUAAAAAGUGGUUGGAGGAACAGUUGGAUUCAUCUGAUGGAUCUUUGCUGCAGGAUAUAUCAUUCGCUAUGUGCUUAGACUCUAUAUCGUCUGGACCGCUCACAAUGCACGUCUCGAAGCCCCCAAAACCCGGAACCCCCGCCGAAUCCAUGAAAGCAAGGCUGGGCGUACCGCUUGUCCACAAGAAGAUCAACUUGGCUGAUGAGCUGCUCGCAUGGCAUCACGAAAGAUUCAGUAUAAGGAGAAUGACUGCGUUUACCCUCAGCUCUCUGCAGAGUCACAAAGACCCGUCGCGGAGCACGUUGCUGGACGCGGCGUCGGACGGCGCGCUGCGCACGCUGGCGGACAACGUGCGCGUGACGGCGCGCGCGCUGGCGUCGCACAUCUACAACCUGACGGGGGAGGGCGGCGCGGGGGACGCGGAGCUCUACGAUGACGCACUGACCGUAGAUGAGGCAUCAAUCAGGCAUUGGUACAAAUACCUAUCUUCACAAUCCCGAGCACCACAGAUUAUAACGACAACGGCUAAUGGAGGCGUGUCGGGCGCGCUGGAGCGCGCGCUGUCGCGCUACAUGUCGGCGGCGGCGAGCGCGCACGUCAUGGAGCGCCGCGAGCCCGAGUACGCGCUGUACGCGCCCACGCGCGCGCUGCUCUACGUCUACAGCGUAAAACCGGCAGUUUUCGACUUGAUAUUGACGCUCGCCAUCAUCGCGUACCUCACACUCGUAUACUUCGUGAUGCAGUUCUUCCCGAAGUUCUACGAGGAAUACGCCAAGGUUAUUACCGGUAAGGUAAAAAUUAAUUAGAUUAGAUGAUUUUCAAUUUUAUCAAAAAGCUGUAGAGUCGAUAUUAGAGUAACUAUGUACAGUUUAGGUUUGGCGAAUGAUCAGAUUUUUAAUAAUUUAAUGGUUGAAGGAUAGCCGUAAUUUGAUCUUUAUGUAAAGGUGGUAGAGUCGAAAAUAAAGUACAUUUGAAAUAGUGCAACAAUUCAAUAGACACGUAUCGAAUUAUAUUUAAAUUCAAACAAUUAUUUUUUAAUAAAUUAAAAAAAAAUGCUUAGAAACUUUAUAAUUAUAUUUAAAAAAAAAACUUCAAUAACCACGAUAAUUUAUUUAUUUGAAAAUAAAUAUAUACUUAAUCCUCAAAUAUUCCAAAAAUGUUUUCUGUUGAUUAUUUAUCCAUAGAUAAUAACAGACACGAGUAAUAAUUAUAGAUUAUAAGAGAAAUUUACUCAAAGUAAAAAUUGAGUUUAUAUAAUCUGUUUUCUAAUUUUAAGACGAAUAAUUGUGAAUUUUAUUUAUUAAAAGACGUUAAAACAAUUUAUUGUAAGUAUUAUUAUUAUCAGUAAUUUGCAUUUCUUUUUCAUUUUUUUUUUUUUAAUUUUGAAUGCUAAAUUAGGUUUUAAUUAUGACAGUGAUAUUAAAAAAAAGGUAAAACAUAUUUAAUUUAUUGAAAGUCAUUUAAUUCUCAAAAAUCAUAAUAAUUUUAGUAUAUGAAUAUAUAUUAAUUACCUAAUGAAAUGCUUACAUUUAUUUAGGUUUGUUUGUUUUUUUUUCAAUUGUAAGUUAAUUUUUAAUCUGUAGGAUAGUUAAUUCAAACAGUUUUGUGCAAAUUUGUCAAAAGGUUUCAAUAUCAAACAAUUUCAUUCUUUUAAUAAAAGUUAAAUGGCGAUAUUGUCCCUUAAACAAUUAUAUUGAACUAUCAUUAUUAAGAGAAUGUUUUAAGUGAUUUCUAUUAACCAUAACCCAUAGUUAAACAUUAUUUAUGGUUUCAAUGUACUAUAAAUCUAUCUUAAUUAUUUGCCGUCCGUAAGUUCCUUGAAUACAUUAAAUUUACAUAGUUUAAAACAAUGCUCAUACAGUUUAAUUAUUACACAAAUUCACGAAGAAAACUCUUAAUAUUUACUUAUUCAUUCUAUUUCCAAUGAUCAUAGUUAGUAAGUUCCGUUAUACAUGAAAUACAGCUGAUACAAUGUAAAAAUAGGCUGUACGUUUUAAUACCUUUUCUUCAAAGUAAUAUAAACAAUAAAAAAUGAAAUGUCAUAAAAAUUUACAUAAUUAUUAUGUAUUUUUUUUUUUGUUAAAUAUAGACCAAGAUAAGUCUAAUAUAGACAAGUAUAGUUUUUAGUUACCCAUAUGGCUGUUUAAACACUGUCAGAAUAUAAAUAACUCAUGUUUAUUUAUAAAGGUUUUUAAAAACAAUCAAAUUCUUAAAUUUAAAAAAAAUAUAUACUGCACUAAAAAUACUCUAUAUAAUCUUUACAGACAAUUCGAUAGAUGAUUUCAAAUAACUUUUGUAUUCAAAUAAUGUUACGUGUAGUAUGGUAGCAUAGACAAUUUUCUUUUUCCUUUAGUCUUUUUCACUAUAACUGCCAAUAUUUUUAGUAUAAAUGUUUCAUGGAUUAACUAGUCGCGAAUACGUGAAAAGAAUAUAUUAUGUAAUAAUAGAUAAAUACUACAUGAUUCCUGUUUUCAUUGUAUAUUUAAAGGCCAGUACACGUUAAUGAACAAAAGUCGAUACCUCGAAAAAUAUCUAACAUUCAUAGACUAAAAAUCGCCAAAAUGCCAAGCGACAAUAAAUUUAUUUCGAUUAAUGUGUGCUCACCUUUUCGUGGUUGUAACUACAGUAUAUUCCAAUGGCUGGAAUAAAGAUAAAUAGAUAACUUCGACCUUGAAUAGAUAUGACGUCAUUGCUCGUUGAAAUCUAAAAUAAUCUAUGGUAUUCAUUAUGGAUUUGCGAUUUUUUUUUUAAGUUUGAAUAACGAAGGUGUUAUUGUAACUUAAGGAGUGUUGUAUUAUAAAUAAAGAUUUAUUAACCAAGAACAGCCGUUUGUCGUGAAUUAUAUAGAAGGGCUAUUAGCAAAUCGUAGGGAAUAUCUUAAUUUUGUUUAUCUUGAAUCUUUUUGCCAUUGGAAUAGUUACCAUAGACAAAAUGUAGUAUUAAGCUAUUUCUUUGUAUGCGAUUUUCCAAUUUCAAAGUGUAUGUUUAUGGUUCAAAUAAGAAUUGUACAGAGACUUAUCUUACAUAUGGUUGUCUCUUUCACACAUAUAGGUUUUUAAGGUAGCAGAACAAAAUGUCUUGUAUGAUGGUGUAAGCGAAAAUGUUGUAUAUUGCAUGGAAUUGAAUAAAACAUUUGGUUUUAAAAAUAUUUUUUAUUUCUUAUAAUGCAUAUAAAAUUUUUGAAUUUUAUCACAUAUGUAAAUA